AUGUCAGCGCCUAUGUCAACGAGCCCGGCUGCGACGCAGCCUGGGUUGAUUGAUACCCUCGAUUCUUUUGUCGACUUUUCCGACUACGACACCAACAACCUCUACCAGUCUCCCUCUCUUUCACCUGCCGGCUCGAACAAGGGCGUGUUUGCGCGACCGAUCAAGGCCGAGACAACAACGGCAAACACCCUGCUCCAGACCAACCAGACGCUAAGCGGGCCCAGCCACCAGUACGACCUCUACAAACAACAAACCGGUAUUGUUCCCGGAGCCAUCGCAACAACCUUUUCGCUCAACCAGCCCAACGCCCAUCUUCAAGGAUACAACACCGGAUUCGGGAGUUUUGAUUAUCUCAACAUGGGCACCAACGAUGAGUUGUUCGAUUUUAACACGGCGCCGUCGCAGGGGUCGAUGACGUCGCCCGAGUUGGACACCAUGGACUUCGACUCGCCCUCAUCGGAUCCGACCUUCUUCUACGAGUCCACCAUCAACCCGAGCAACAUCGGUCCACAGGAGCCAUCCGGGCUGUCCUCGCCGCCGCCUCAGGUGUUCCAGCCCGGUCGCGUUUGGCCCGGCAUGCACCAACAGGCAGCCUUGGCCAAGCAGCAGCAGCAGCAGCAACAACAGCAACAGCAACAGCAAAGACAGCGUGUGCAGGCUCAACAGCAACAAAACAAGUCCGCACAGAAGGCCAAGUCACCGCAGGCCAGCGACCCUAUUGUCGAGCAGAAGAUUACUCAGCUUCUUAACUCUAUGCGCGCCAAGACCUCAGAGGAGCCCUCCCAGAACAAUACCGUCCUCAACAUUCCCCGCCCAAAGAAGGACGAGGACGACAUGGAUGAGGAUGAGAGGCUGCUCGCAAGUGAAGAGGGCAAGAAGCUUAGCAGCAAGGAAAGACGACAGCUCAGAAAUAAGGUGUCCGCCCGUGCUUUCAGAUCCAGGAGAAAGGAAUACAUCACCCAGCUUGAAAGUGAAAUCGCCAACAAGGUCACCGAGAACGGCGAUCUUCGUGCCCAGAACCGCGCCCUGGUUGAUGAGAACAAGCGUCUCACCGACCUCACACGCAUGCUUCUUGGCUCUCCCUCCUUCUCUGAUUUCCUCAACCAGUUGAGCGCAAAUCCUCAGAUGCUUCCCCAGUCUCAGCCUCAGCAGACCUCCCAACCAGAGCAGCAGCGUCAGUUGCCCAAGGACAUCAACCCAUAUGCCGCUCAACAACAGCUCCACAACCAGCAAAUCGGUCUGGCCAUGGUUCCUGAGCAGGUUGACUUCUCCUCGCUGGUAAACAUGGAGCCCAGCGAUGGCUUCUCAUACCAGCCCCAGGUCUUUGCUGUCCUCGAGACCCCCGAGCCCAUCUUUGAUGCCAACCUUCUCUCUGGCAAGACCAGCAACUUUGUUGGUCAACAGUUCGAUUCGGACGAUGAUGACAAAGACAUGCCCGUCAUCGAGCAGGCACCGACCCUCGCCGAGGCCAAGAAGCAAGAGCCCGCUCCCAUCAAUGAGGAGUUUGAGAAUAACCCCGAUUUCGUCCUCUACCACGACUCUCCUGCUCCUACCGAGUCAGUGACCAGCCCAGUUGAACUUGACGUCGAGGCCCUCUCCCAGUCCGUGUCUGAACUGGACACCUUCAGUGGCAUUGAACCCGAGAAGGCACUCAGCCGGUACGAAUUGGUGAACACUACCGAGGAUGAAGCGGUUGCGGACAGGGCUGUCGCGAGGAUACAACGGCUUACCUCCAAGUUGGAUUGUAUCGCAUCCAGGUUGGAGAUGUUGGGUGUCGGCUUGUAG